ACGGAUCGUUUGGUCUCCUUGACAGAUUGGUGUCUCCGUGUUGGGUAGAAACUUUUAUGGCUCUCCGCUCCGACCCCGGGGCGUCUCGUUUCAGCCGUUAGAAGCGAGCCGCUGGCCGGCGCGGGCCAUCCCCUCCGAGCCGCGGGAAGCCUGCCGCCUUUUGGCCUGUUUUCUAGCCCAGUUAGCGGGCGGAGACACGGCGUUCCCGAGCCUCAGCUAAAGACGUAGCCAUUAGCUUUCCCUUACUUUGAAGAGCCAGCAGCCGGAGCGGGGCGGAGCUCAGACCUCCGCGGACUCCUGGCCCGGUUUCUUGCACCGAGAAAGUUUUGGGAAGUUUCCAGCCGCAGAUGGAGCCCAGCUAACGGUCCGUCCGCGGGGGAGAACUGUCACGAACCGCUCUGCUUUGGCGUCCCGCUGAGUCGGUCACCAUGCCCGGGGAGACCGCCUUGAACUUCAACCUCCUGCACCGGACCUGUAAGCUGGUGGUGCUGCUGUGCUUCCUCCACAUCUCUGUCACGGUCGUCUUCUACGUCCGCUCCCUGGACCUCCGCUUCGCUUUUGUCCAGAACCAGCAGUCGUCCCACAGCAACAGGAGCGCCUCCACAACCGCAAACAAGGACGCGAAGUCCGGCGAAGGCUCCCCGGAACGCAAAACCCCCGAGGUGAAGGCGGCGCCGGAGUUGAAGAAAUGCCCCGAGACGUCCCCCCUGCUGGUUGGUCCUCUGCGGGUCGAGUUCAACAUGCCCGUCAGUCUGGACAAGGUGAAGAAGGAUAACCCGCGGGUGGAGGUGGGCGGGCGCUCCAGGCCGUCGGACUGCGUGGCGCUGCAGAAGGUCGCCAUCAUCAUCCCGUUCAGGAAGAGAGAAGAGCACCUGAAGUACUGGCUGUACUACCUGCACCCCAUCCUGCAGCGGCAGCAGCUGGAUUACGGGGUCUACGUCAUCAACCAGGACGGAGACGAGAUAUUUAACCGGGCGAAGCUGCUGAACGUGGGCUACACCGAGGCGCUGAAGGAGUACGACUACAACUGCUUCGUCUUCAGCGACGUGGACCUCAUCCCCAUGGACGACCGCAACACCUACCGCUGCUUCAACCAGCCCCGGCACCUGUCGGUGUCCAUGGACAAGUUUGGCUUCAGGUUACCGUAUAACCAGUACUUUGGAGGGGUCUCAUCAAUGAGCAAAGAGCAGUACCUGAAGAUUAAUGGGUUUCCUAAUAAUUACUGGGGCUGGGGAGGAGAGGACGACGACAUAUACAACAGACUUGCAUCGAAAGGAAUGUCCAUCUCCAGAGCCACUGGAGACAUUGGGAAAUGCAGAAUGAUCCGCCAUAGCAGAGACAAGCAAAACGAACCCAACCCACAGAGGUUCGACCGGAUAGCUCACACCAGAGAGACAAUGAUGAGAGACGGGAUCAACUCUCUGUCGUAUAAAGUGAUAGAGAAGGAGAAACUGGACCUGUACACGAUGAUCACCGUGGAUGUGGGGAAGCCCUGAGGGGGCGGAGCCACGCUCAGACCACACCUUCAACACUUGAAGCUUUAAGACGCUGUCCUGGACCUCUCUGCUGUUUCCUCUUCUUUCCUUGUUUUGCACACUCUUGGACUGACGACGGUCUGUUUUUAUUUGUGGCCUUCGGGACUUGUCUCUGAUUGGUCGGCUGGAACCAAUCAGCUGCUCGACGAUGCUGUUGAACAAGCUUUUUUUAUUUUUUAAAUCAGACAAUCAGAGCUGAAUGAGGGGGGGAGGAGGGGGCUGUGUUUCAGAGGCUGGGCCACAGACCUGGUCCUGGUUCUGACACUUUUAGUCAAUCAGGUCAUUUUAUUCAAGAGUCUGUGGAGGAACCAGAACCAGAUCUGACCUGAACCGGUUCGGGUGAGUUUGUGAAUGUGAGAGAUGUUUCUGAUUGGUGUUUUGACUGCAGCUGUACGCCGUCUCUGAUUGGCCGGGGAGUCUCAGUCAGAGCUGCUGGUACCAAAGAUGUUUUUGAUCCUGUGAAUCAGCCAAGACCACAUAUAGAGUGAGUGUGUGUUAAGACUGUGUGUGAGUGUGUGUGUCUGCAGACCAAAUCUCUCUUGCUCUGUGAAACAGUCACCAGUAAUGUGCCUUCUAUAAAGUCAACCAGUAAAACUGGUCAAUGUGCUCUUAAUGUGAUUAUCAAUAAAAGAGCUCAAAUAUU